AUGGGUCCAAUUGGGUUUUCCCCGGGGAGUGGGAAGGGGAAGGGGGUGAUCGGCCCGGGGACACGCGGACGAGGUGCACUCGGGGCGCCCCUCGGGCCGUCGAUCCCGAAAGCCUCGGAAAUCGCCCCCAACGGGGGAGAAUCGCGGCCCUCAAACCGGGGGACGGGGAAAAAAGAGCGGGGAAAGGGUCGUCCCGCCGCCCGGGGGCCCCGCCGCGGCGAUCUCCCCCGGGCGGCGACCCGAAAAGACGGUGGAGAUGAUCGGAGUCCCACCCUCGUUUCCCAGAACAAACCCGGGGAUUCCUUCAAGGGGAAACCCCAAACCUUUAACCAAAAUCAACCCCUUUGGCCCACCCCGGCCCCGCCCCCCGGGCCGCACCCCGCGGAUCGGCACGUUUCGCGAGGUCGAACGGGGGGAGGGGCACGCCGAGCGCGUGGCGCAGCUACGGGGGCCGGCGGCCGUGAGGAUUGGCCGGCGUCUUCCCCGACGGGGAAAAGGAAAAAAAGGGAAACAUCCGCCGAGCGUGCUUGGAGAAAAGGGGGGGGUUUAAACCGGGGGUUCCCGGAAAUUUGGUGA